AUGAAGAGUAUAGUUUUGUUAUUUUGUGUAUUCGCUUUUGCAGCGGCACUCCCCUACGACCCGGUGCUGAGAAAAUUAGAUGAAGGACCAAGAUACCAGCACGUGGAAGGACCAGAUGGAACUCUCCACCUGGAGGACCUGUGGGUUAAAGCCAGUAACCUGGCUGAAGCAGCCAGAUACAAUCCAGAUCGCCAGAAUAUCUAUCAUUUGUAUACUAGGCAAAACCCAACAGUCAGUCAGCCAAUGCUGAUAGGUAACGAAGGUCUCCUGGGCCUGAACAACUACAACCCAGCUAGGAGGACCAUCAUACUCCUGCACGGCUGGAGAGCUGAUGCUACUACUGACUUCAACAGAGUGCUGGUGCCUGCCUUCUUGUCUGCUGAGGAUGUGAACGUGAUCGUGGUGGACUGGAGUGCUGGUGCUGGCUCCAUCAACUACGCCACAGCAGUCGCCAACACUGUGCCUUCAGGUGAAAGUGUAGCCCGCUUCAUAGAUUGGUUGAACACAGCGUCCGGUGCAAUACCGAGUAUGUACCACAUUGUUGGACAUAGUAUCGGAGCUCACAAAGCUGGUAUUGUCGGUAGAAACCUUGGAGGCAGGAUCGGAUAUAUCACUGCGUUAGAAGCCGCGUUCCCUGGCUGGAUCACUCAUGAUGACAAAUUCAGAAGUAAUGACGGAGCUUACACAGAGGUUAUACAUACUAAUGCCGGAGUCCUCGGCUAUGUGACUCCUCUUGGUCACGUGGAUUUCUACCCCAACGGAGGAAUCAACAUGCCUGGGUGUAAUUCUCAAGAGUGUGAUCACGCUAGAUCUUACUUCUACCUAGCCGAAUCGCUGACCUCCGGUGGAUUCACAGGAAGGCGGUGUGCCUCAUACCUCACCGCUAUGACUGGAAACUGCUUCUUACUCGGCAAUUUGAGGAUGGGAGGGCUCGUGCCUAAGACUGGACAAUCUGGAAUCUUCUGGUUGGAAACCAGGUCCUCGCCUCCUUUCUCCCGUGGAUAA